AGGGUCUGUACCAAGUCUGUCCUGGAACUCGCUCUAUGGACCAAGCUGGCCUCAAACUUGGAGAUCUGCUUGCCUCUACGUCCUGAGUGCCAGAAUCAAAGGUGCACACCAUCACUGCCUGGUUGUGCCAGUAUUUUCUUGUUUUGUUUUGUUUUGUUUGUUUGUUUGUUUGUUUAUUUGAUUCGUUCUUUAUGUGUCACCCUAACUGAAAUUGCUCUGUAGACUAGAUGCUGGCCUCAAACUCACAGAGAUCCGCCUGCCUCUGCUUCCCAAGUGCUGGGAUUAAAGGCGUGCGCCACCACCGCCCAACUUUAACCUGCUUUCUUAUAGCACCCAGGGCCACCAGCCCACUGGUGGCACCAUCCAAGGUGAGCCACAUUAAUCAAUAAAGAAAAUGCUCCACAGUCUUGCCCACAGGCCAGUCUAGUAGGGGCAUUUUCUCAUAUGAGAUUCCUUCUUCCAAAAUGACUCUAAGUUAACAUAAAUAGUCAGUGUUGCUACUAAUGAAAUUAGCAAUAUGUGCAGUAUAUUUUAUAAUAUUCCACUUGAAUAAAACUGAAGUUAUUCUCUGAAGAAAAAACCUCUGCAUUGCAGUCUUAUACCUACAUAUGUAUGGAAUACACACACACAUACACACACUCUCUCAUACAUGCAGAUCCAUACGCACUCGUAUAUGAUUAUGUGAGAUAGAAAUUGUUGAAUAUGUGGGCCAGUCAUCAUCCUCUAGCUGAGUUAAUGGUUACUGGGAAUGGAAGAGACAUUUUCUUAAGUAGGGUACCCAUGCUUCUGAAAGCAAGCCCUCACCUUCGCUCCUGUAAGUAACUAAUGAAACUCAGUGGGUCAUAAUUUUUUUUUCCCAAAAAGAUAUGAUGGUAGAAAGGGAUCAGCAGGCGUGAGAUGGAGACAAGGUGUGAUAGUGAGCAGUAGGUUGGGCUAGAGAUACACAUUUGGGAAAUGUCAGAAUCGAGACAGUAUUUAAAGUUAUGAGAUUUAACAACAUAGAUAACCUUCAGGGCCCCUCAACAAUAUGUAGUGGGGGAAACGAUGUAAGCAUUAGAAUGGGGGGGGGGGGUGAGUUGCAGACUGGGUUGGGAGAGUCCUUCUGUCAGCAAAAUAAAGCUGAAGCGAUCUGGUUCAAGGAAAUCCGUAGGGAUGGAAAUAUAACUCAACCGUAGAGUAAUUCCUUAGCGUGUAGAAAGCCCUGGAAUUUAUCCGUGGAAUUACCCAAAGAAAGAACUGAAGAAAAGGGAUAAUGAUUUGUUCGAAGAUAGGAUCUCAAGUAGCCUAGGCUGACCUUAAGUAGCUGUGUAAUUGAGGAUGACAUCAUUCUCUGGCUUCUACCUCCCAAGUGCUGAGCUUACAGGCAUGCUACAUAAUACCCAGUAUUUUGACAAAUACGUUUAGAGAUGAUCAGUAGUCAAUUAAAAUUCCUUAACAAGAGAUUAGAAUUAGGGGUCUUAGUGUUGGGAAUAAGUUAGUAACUAGCACUAUAUUAUCCAUUAUAUUUAAAAUUCCUUCCCAUAAGAGAUCAUUGAAAUCAUGAAAGUUAAAUUUACUAGAGAAAAAGUAUAUAGUCACCAACCAAGCUUAAUAUGAAAAAUAUCUAAAGAUCAACACCAAAAACUAAGAAUAAUAAAUUCAAAAAUAAAGUAAAACAUUUACAGGUGGGAGGAAAACCAAGAUUAUCCCGUUAUUUUAGUAAAGAAGCAAAGAAGAUGAAGUUCAAGGUUGUGAACAAUAUAUAACAAUCUCAGUGCCAGAGAACAAACCAUCUUGACAGAAGUAGAAUUUGAACACAGGUCUCCUGUAUUUGCUUAUAUUCAUAUAUCUGUCUGUCUCAUUUAUUAAAAUAAAUGUUGUUCAAGUAAUUAUGAUGUUAGAAGAAUAAUCCUAAUGAUUCUUUUUCUUUUCUUUUUGAGACAGGGUUUCAUUAUACAGCCCUGGCUGGCCUGGAAUUCACUAUGUAGACCAGGCUGGCCUCACACUCACAGAAAUUCACCUGCCUCUGCUUCCUGAGUGCUGGGAUUAAAGGCUACAGGAUGUGCAUCUGUCACUUAGCUUGUCGGCCAAUAAAACCAACCAUUGUUGGAGAACAGAUUUCCAGCAAAUUGGGUGCCCAUUACCAUUGCAUCAUUUGUUCAGCGACAAUCACCAGAAGGACUGACAUGCUAGGGCAUGUUAAGCGCCACGUGAAUAAAGGAGAAACUAAGUCCAGGUACAUUGCUGCUUCUACUGCCAAAUCAUCUAAUGAAAUUUUGAAGGAGACAGAUACAGAUAUACAAGUUUUUCCUAACUACUCUAUACCUCAGAAAACAGAUUCAUACUUUAAUCCCAAAAUGAAACUUAAUCGUCAGCUAAUAUUCUGUACGUUGGCUGCUUUGGCUAAGGAACGAAAACCUUUGGAGUGCUUAGACGCCUUUGGAGCCACUGGGAUAAUGGGAUUGCAAUGGGCAAAACACCUUGGAAAUGCAGUCAAAGUUACAAUUAAUGACUUGAAUGAAAACUCUGUGACUUUGAUUCAGAAAAAUUGCCACUUAAACAAAUUGAAAGUGGUGGUAGACAGUGAGGAGAAGGAAGAGGGCGAUGCCAUUGAGGAAGAUGACACUCUCGGUGAUAUCCAGGUGACCAGGAUGGACGCCAAUGUACUGAUGCACCUGAGAUCUUUUGAUUUCAUACACCUAGACCCUUUUGGAACAUCAGUGAACUACCUAGACUCUGCAUUCAGAAACGUAAGAAACCUUGGCAUAGUAUCAGUGACUUCUACAGAUAUCAGUUCCUUAUAUGCCAAGGCACAGCAUGUUGCCCGGCGUCACUAUGGAUGUAACAUUGUCCGAACAGAGUAUUACAAGGAACUAGCAGCCAGAAUUGUCGUAGCUGCAGUGGCAAGAGCUGCAGCACGAUGCAACAAAGGCAUAGAAGUGCUGUUCGCAGUGGCUCUGGAACAUUUUGUGCUGGUAGUUGUGCGGGUCCUAAGGGGGCCUACUUCAGCAGACGAGACUGCCAAGAAAAUUCAGUACCUGAUCCACUGCCAGUGGUGCGAAGAGAGGAUCUUUCAGAAGGAUGGUAACAUGGUAGAAGAAAAUCCAUAUAGACAGCUGCCCUGUAAUUGCCAUGGAAGCAUGCCUGGCAAGACAGCAAUAGAACUCGGGCCUCUGUGGUCAAGUUCCCUUUUCAAUACUGGAUUUCUGAAAAGAAUGCUAUUUGAGUCUCUUCACCACGGUUUGGAUGACAUUCAGCCCCUAGUAAAGACACUGAUCUUUGAAUCAGAGUGUGCUCCCCAGAGUCAGUGUUCAGUUCAUGCACCUUCAAAUCUCAGCAAGCAAGAAGAAAAUGGUGUAUUUAUUAAAACUACCGAUGAUACCACAGUAGAUAUUUACAGUGCACAGGGAAAGAGGAAAAGCAGUGAACCAAUGAUAAAUACAGCCAAGAAGCAGAAGGCCGAGGCCAGUGCCGCACACCCCCCCUUCUACUACAAUAUCCACAGACACAGCAUCAAAGGGAUGAACAUGCCAAAGUUAAAAAAGUUUUUGUGCUGUCUUUCCCAAGCAGGCUUUCGAGUAAGCCGAACUCACUUUGACCCAAUGGGUAUUCGUACAGAUGCACCUCUGACACAGUUCAAAUCUAUCCUGUUAAAGUACAGCACCCCCACUUACACUGGAGGACAGUCAGAAGGUCCCAUGCAGUCAGCAUCUGAGGAUACGGUAGCUGACAGGGUUGAAAUGUCAGUGAAGGACAAAGCGGAAGCGAGCGGCUGCAGAAGGUGGUAAACGCAAGAAGCGUUUCUUCUCAGGGUUUUAUGAUGACCCCAUGACUCUGUACCAACUGUAAUCCUUUUUUUAUUCUUUCAACUUAGUGAUAUAAGAUAAAAAAUUUAAAAAGCAUUGUUUUCAUUCAGAAAAUUGGCUGUUUCUGACUUGGCUGGUGUGAGAGCUUUGCUUUUUAAGUUUUUAUUAAAGAAAAAAUUUAAUAAAAACAUUUCACGAUGAAACCAA